GUCAAAAGAAUUGUUUAUUUUAAGGAACAGAAAAUGACAGGACAUUUGUUUACAAGACCUGUAGACUGUGAAAAGCACUCCAUCGUCACUUCAAAAGAUCUUGUUAGUAUUUGCAAAUUUGUAUUAAGGUUUUUAAUUUGAGCUUUAUAUAUAUAUAUAUAUAUAUAUAUAUAUAUAUAUAUAUAUAUAUAUAUAUAUAUAUAUAUAUAUAUAUAUAUAUAAAAUGUUAAGACUCUGAUGAGGUGCUGUUGCUGGCUGAGGAGGAACCUCAUCCCAAAAUCAAGCUGUUUUUUAAAGUCAAUUAACCUUUUAACAACCUCAGACACUUCAUAGUCACAUUAUUAUUAAUCAUCUUACGGCUGUAAUUUAAUCAACAGCAGUUUACGCUUGUACUGCUUGAAUUGCUUGGCAGAUAAAGCAAUAUAUGUAACAAAGGACAAUAUAUGGCAUGCCAUGCUCCCUAGCUCUACAGUAUAUUACUUUCAUUUGUUUGAGUGCCAAAGUCAUGUAUGAAAAGCUUGACAUGUUACAUAAAUCAUGAAAUACUAUUUGGACAAAUACAAAGUAUGUGUGAUGUUAUAUACUGUACAUUGCCAAGCAACUCAUGACUGAUUUUUUUCUGUCACUGUUUGUGAAAUACUGAAAUACUAUUUUGUGGAAUAAAAGGGAUUUCAAUAAUGAUGUAUGUGAGCAUUGUUUUGUGGGGGUAAAUUUGCUCAGUUGUGUGAAUCUGUGUAUGUGUGUUGUGCCUAGCAAGAGUUUGUUUUGUCAAAAGGCCAGCUCAGCACUAAUAGAGGAAAAAAGAAAGAGGGAGGGACAGAUCAUGAAGCAAAAGAUGACCAAUGUGGGUUGGAUUGAGAGAAUGGUCAAAAUAGUUAUGAGAAACAGCUGAGGUGAAAGAGAAAGACUGGAUUCAUGGGUAAAUGACUGGACGGAGCUAACAAUGCAUCUAAAUAUGCUAUUCUGAACUGCUCAUCUGUAUUUAGCUUGAUAGUCAGAUUGGUUGAUAUUGUUUCAGUUGAAACAGAGGUGUUUCAUUCAUACCAAGACUCUUUGCUUGUCUGAAAAAGGACCAUAUCUAUCAUAAUUCAACCAUCUAUUAAACAGAUGUUAAACUAGAUAAAGAGGAGGAGAUUAAGGGGAAUUCAAGCAAAUUCUGAAUUUGUUCAUUGGAGUUUGGAGAAGAGGUGGUUUCAGAAGCACAGAAUGGGAGGAUGAAACAGGGCUCCCAAAGCAUCCGAUUAAGAACUAGCCAACAAUGACGACAAGUGUACCUACUGUUUUAUUUGAAAGUGGAGACGGGGCAGACACCGAACUUUCUUCCUCACAAAAUUCUUCUAUCACUGGCCCUUGCAAUAUUGAUGAGUCCUACAAGUAUAUCUUCCUACCCAUUUGCUACUCCUUUACCUUUGUCUUCAGCAUCACCCUUAAUUCUGUGGUUCUAUACCUUUCCUUUCGACACACAAGACGCUGGAAUGCAUCCCUGAUCUACAUGGUGAACCUGGCUACAACAGACUUCAUGUAUGGUUUAUCCUUGCCCUUCCUGGUGGCCAGUUAUGUCAUGCGUGACGACUGGGUGUUUGGAGACUUCAUGUGCCGCCUGGUGCGCUUCUUAUUCUACUUCAACCUCUACUGCAGCAUCUUCUUCCUCACUUGUAUCUCAGUGCAUCGCUACCUGGGCAUCUGUCACCCUAUGAAGACCAUUACAUUGGAGACGAAACGAGCAGUGAAGGGGACUUGUGUUUUGGUAUGGAUUGCUGUUUUUGCACUAACAUGUCCAAUUUUCCGUUUUGCACAGACUCAGUAUCUUCCACGUGGAGGGCAUCAAGGGGUUUUGGGGGCAGUUGUGAAUGGUAAAGGCAUGAAUCCAAGGGAGGAGGUGUUCAAUAAUUGCUGGGAUGAUGCAAUUGAUAGGGAGUUCCAUGAUUAUAUUCCUUAUGGGAUCACACUUCAUUUCUUGGGUUUUUUUGUGCCAUUUAGCAUCAUUGCCUGGUGCUACUCGCGUGUAGUGUUAACAAUAUUUCGGACACUGAACUCUCAACCCCAUCCUCAAGGAGUCAGAAGUGGGACAGGCCGUGAAAGUGUGGCUGGUAUAGCUGGAGAGGGCAUGUCUAUCAUCAUGGGGGCCCGUUCACCUUACGUGAACAGGCGUCGCAAGUCCAUCAAAACCAUAAUCACUAUCACUUUACUUUUUGCCCUUUGCUUCUUCCCCUUCCACGUCACACGCACCAUUUUCUUGUUGCUGAAAGUUACAAGUAAUGUGCAGUGUCAUACCAUGCGCAUGGUCUCCAUCUGUUAUAAAAUUACUCGGCCUCUGGCCUCCUUCAAUGCUUGGCUAAAUGCACUGCUCUAUUUCCUUACUAAAGAGAAAAAUGGGCAAUGUUGUCAAAAACCUGAACAUGCCCAGCAUGGACUCCUAUGGCCACUGAGAAUGCUGGGAAAAGGAGAGGAAGAGGAGAAUGAAGCUGAGGAUGUGGGGAACCACAAGGACAAUGGCCCCAAAGGGGAAAACAGUACAUACAGAGGUCUACCUUAAUGAAUGACAAUAUGAGGAUGGAAAGCAUCUUGUGAGAUCGACAGAACAUGAAAGAGUGCACCUGCUUGAUCUGCCUUUAGUGUGUGUUAUUUACUUGAAAUUAAUGUGUACCACAUUUUGUUAUAUCCAAUGUAUUUGUACAAUUCUGUGUAUUCACAUAAAAACAGGAGGAUCUUUUAGUUGUUUUGUCUUUUCAAUGCUCCUUACAGAUAUUCAUUGUUUUUAUAAUUACUCAGGUGAUUGCUUGGCGGGUUAAAAAUGACUGAUUAACUAAUUUUAGUGCAUAUUACUAGCACAAUAACACAUAGAAUAUCAAACUCGGGGUGUUUCAUUUUUUUGCAGUUGUUGACAUACCUUAGAGUGGAUACAUUAUAUACUUGAACUACGUUCAGCACUUUCAUGAGUUAAGAUAUCUAAGCUGUAAAUAAUUAAACUGUUCUAAUAAACAUUUUCUGAACUUGCAUAUGAAAAUCAAAUGACCCAGUAUCGACUGUGACCUUUUGAUGCGGCUACAUCAUUAAGCUCUAUUUAAGGUUUGUAUGUCCUUGUGUAAGUAUAGAAUCUAUAUUUUUUAAGAUUAAACAUCUCAAACAGGUAAAGGUGAUGGUUUAGGCAUCACAUUCUCCCCUGACAAUUAUAUUCCUCUACGAGUAAUUAAUCAAACAUAUUAUACUAUAUUGACUAUUCCUUCAUUCAAAAUUUUAGAAACUCAAAAGGUUUAACAGAGGUCUGUUUUCUCCCUGCACCCCACAACUUUUUUCAGCUUUUCCUUAUAUAUUUACAGGGUCCUUGAUUAUUUCCUCAGUUAUAUAACUUGAAUCUGAAUUUGCAUUAUGUUACCAGGAGCCCCAGCUUGUGUACUUUGUGAACAUGAGUACAUAAGUAUGCACAUGCAACCUACCCUUUGUACUUCCGUCUUAUUAAAAUAGGUGAGAAGCAGAUGAUCCACGCAAGACCUCAGCCUCAUAGACUGUUAUUACUGCUUGGUUGUACUUUGGUUA